CUAAAGUUUGGCCUUUACGAACGCCGGUCAUCUUUCCACAGUCAGCUCGGUCACAAGAUCCUGAAGUUCAGCUGGGAAGCUGAGUCAUAUUCACAUUCCCUAUACGGCCAUCAACUUCACUUCACUUGCUCUACUUGAAUAUAUAAUCUGCACAUAACUCGAAGCCGCGAUGUUCUCCACGACUUCAAACUCUAUCCACAUUCCCAAGAUAAGCGCGAGUGCUUCUUUCCGGAACAGUUCUCGCAACCGACGUCUGAGCAACAGUGCUCGUCCAUGCGGACGCUACGGUAUCUCUGCGCGCCGAUACGUUGCCGUGCGCGCAGAGGAAGUGACAACAUCCGGCGUCCCUACCGUGGUUACUGAUGCUACAUUCGAAUCCGAAGUACUUCAAAGUGAAGUUCCCGUCUUGGUGGACUUUUGGGCGCCCUGGUGCGGACCUUGCCGCAUGAUCGCACCUCUAAUUGACCAGCUAGCGGAAGAGUACGCAGGAAAGCUGAAAGCUGUGAAACUCAACACUGAUGAGAGUCCGAGCGUGGCUACUGAGUAUGGCAUCCGUAGCAUCCCUACUGUGAUGAUCUUCAAGGGUGGACAGAAGCUUGAUACUGUUAUUGGUGCGGUGCCGAAAUCCACCCUUACUGGAACCAUUGAAAAGUACCUGUGACCUUCUGGGAACACGUCUUCGAAAAGGGAGAAAGCAAAGGGUUUUGCUUUCUCCCUUUUCAGGUGGGUUUUCAUACUGCUGGGCACUAUCUUUCGAGUUGUCCACCUCAUAGAGAAGAGAACAGUUUGUAAAUCAAAAUAAUUCAAAAGUUUUUAACU